AUGGGCUACUGGAAAGGAGAACAUCAGGAACCAGCUCAACAAUGUGAGGGCAUCAUAUUCAUUAAAUAUGGAAAACAAGCUAAAGAUUUGUGCGACGCUAUAACUCAGAUACAGGAGGAGAAGCAGAGUCAUGGUUCGGGCAGCUCUGAUAUGAGCCUGGAGAUUAGGACGACUGAUCUCCGAGUCAUUGUGUUUUAUACUCCAGACAUGUCUCAAUAGGGAGGUCAGUGAGUAAACGAGGCACAGAGUGGAGACAAUGAAAGGGAGAAAGGAUCCCACAACUAAUGAGGUCAUUUGAAGCGGAAAGUUUAUAUGAACCAUUCUGCUGACAGCAAUUGAGUUCUUAGUAAUAUUCCCAUAUGAGUCCGAUUGGAUUUUCAGUUGUACAUUCC